AUGGCGAGCUUCCGCCGCGUCGUGCUCGGCCAGCCCGAGAUCGCGGCCAUUGUGUUUGAGUUUCAGUUUGGCGUCUACGAAGACGUGCGCCCGGCCUUUCUCGCCUGCCAUGAGCUUCUCGAGUACGAAUCGAUUUUGAAUGUCUACGAGUGCGACGCCUCGUUCGCUGCAUCGUUUGCGCCAACGUGGCUCCACGGUCCAACACUCUUCCAUGCUUCAACGUAUGCUCUGCAACAAGCUGCGCGCGAUGCGCGCCUCCCGCUGCAUUUGGCUGUCGCCGAAGGUUUUGCGCAGCUCGCCAAACGCAUCGUACGCUGCCGCCCGGACCUCGCGUCGGACGAUGCGAUGUUCUUGGCCUUGAGCAAGGGCCAUUUCGAGAUGGCCGAGUUCUUGCUGGAGCAGCAACCGAUCGCUUCGCAUCGCGGGCACCCGAGCACACAUUCUGCAGGUCCCACCCAACAGCGUCCUCGCAACUUUCCGAAAGGCCUGCUGCUCCAACUCUUGCGUAGAGAAGAUGUGAGAGGUCUCGUGCUGCUCCAGCGCUUGGGCUUGCAUCCGAGCGACUUCAGUCCCAGCGACAUUCGAAUGGCAAUGCAGUCAUCAACGCUUGCGAACGCGACGCUCGCCCUUGACCUCUUUCCGUGGUUCCACUACCCACGUCUCUUGGACGAUAUGGCGGGUCGGAGCUUCUUGCCGCUCGUACACUAG